CAACUUACAAAUUUCCUUCCACAAUCUUUGAAGUCUACCAUAAUUCAAUUCAAAGAGUUUAAACGAUGGCCAACGCAAAAGACGUGAGAGAGUUCAAAGAAACUUUCAAGAGAUUUGAUCAAUACGUAAACGGAGAGAUUACAUGGAGGGAAUUUGACAUGUCUGGCGUACGCAAACGUUCUACUCCAAUGACAAAGUCUGAAAUCGACAAAAUAUUCGUAGAGCUUGGAACUCGUGGUGAAGAUAGAGUCUUCAGAGCUUCCAAGGUUUCCGGUAAUCCUCUUCAUCCAACAUCUGUCUCAGUUAAACCUAAACCUAAAGAUGUGAUUAAUGUGGAGAGAACCAAAACCGACUCAGAUCUAAAACUCAUCGAUCUAGAUCGCAAUUCUCCAAUGGCUCUCGAAUGGGUUGUGUUAGGUUACGCAGCAGCAGCUGAAGCAAUCAUGGUGAUUCUCUUGACGAUGCCUGGACUCGACGCUCUUCGCAAAGGAUUGGUUGCUGUGACUCGUAAUCUCUUGAAGCCGUUUCUCUCGAUAAUUCCGUUUUGUCUCUUCCUUCUUAUGGAUAUCUAUUGGAAGUACGAGACUCGACCUUCUUGCGAUGGUGAUUCGUGUACUCCUUCUGAGCAUCUUCGUCACCAGAAAUCGAUCAUGAAGUCUCAGCGUAACGCGCUUCUGAUUGCGUCGGCCCUUGUUUUCUACUGGAUUUUGUACUCUGUUACGAAUUUGGUUGUGAGGAUUGAGCAGCUUAAUCAGAGGGUUGAGAGGCUCAAGAACAAGGAUUAAGAUCUAUAAUUACUUAAAUAUAUGCUUCUUCAAUGCUCGUUUGAUCUUUGAUCUGUUGCAAGUUUGGAUUUUGAUUGACUCAGUUGAGGAUACUUGCAAUAAAAUUUCAAACUUGGU